AUAUCAAUCGUUAACCGCUUCGAGCCCAAGCUGGGAGAUUUAGCACGUUGUACGAAAUCUCCAUGCAUCGGUGGACAUGCCAGCAAUGGAAGAACUAGCUCCUUGAUCAUAACUUAACCAUGUCAAUAAUCAUGUGUGUUACAUAUCUCAAUUGGAAGAGCAGAUCAAUCGCACACAUCGACCGUUUGACCAACACAGAACCUGAUACAGUCGGCAACAGGACGUAUGUUACGGUUAGUUCGACCGAACAUCAUUGCUCUAAAAAAUUCAGCCUGUUUGCCCAGAAGAAAAGGAAGAAUUUUUUCACGGAAAAAUGGCACCGGAAUUCAACUUCUCUGCACCCGAGAACGUCCUUGAAGCCUUAAAAAUUGGAUUCUUGGGUUCGCUCGUGUGCAUUUGACUUUUGACUAUACAUAGGCCAAAGCCACAUUCAACAUAUAUAUAUAUGUAUGUAUGUAUGUAUGUAUGCAUGUAUUUAAGAAGAGAUUUUUCCACCAUUUUAUGCUACUUCUCGCUCUUCUUCUUCUUCCUUCUCUUUAUGGUUUGCUGAAGUCCAUAAGCUCGCCUUCUCUGCUUCCUGAGAUGGGCUUAUUUGAAGCAUUAAUGGCCAAACACAGAGCCUGCAGUUAAUGAACAUUCCUAUACAUACGUCCCCAACUUCGGCAGUUUCAAGCGAAAUUAAUUUUGUCAGUCUUCUUGUUCAACUUUUUGCUCAAUCUUCUGCGACCGGGUGGAGUUCCUGUUAUGGAAUUUGCGAGCCCGAAAGAAGGUUCGGUGGCCUCGAGCCCGAGCCCUUUCCCUUCCCCGAACAUCGGUGCCCUCCUCAAAAUCAAGAUCCUCUCGUGGAGCCAAGAAACAGGAUUGCCCGCCACAGUUCGUGUCCAUGUGGGCGACAGAACAUUCAAUUUUCACAAGUUCCCAUUGUCCUCGAAGAGUGGAUACUUCAAGAGGAGACUAGAUGAAUCCAUGGAGGUUGAACUCCCACUGGACUUCCCCGGGGGGCCCGAGAUUUUUGAAAUGAUCGUGCUCUUCGUGUACGGCUCCUCCACGAUGAUUGAUGCUUUCAAUGUGGCAGCCCUCCGAUGCGCAGCGGAGUUUCUAGAGAUGACUGAGGAGUACUCCUCGGGCAACCUCUGCGAGAGGUUCGAUCUGUACAUGAACCAAGUCGUGCUCCAGAAUUGGGAUGACACUCUAAUUGUCCUCCAGAAAUGCCAAGCUCUUCUCCCUUGGGCUGAGGAGCUACUGAUCGUUAGUCGCUGCAUCGAAUCUCUUGCCUUCAUGGCCUGUAUGGAGAUUCUUGACCCCGAGAGAAGGCGUGAACUACCCGUGGUCACGCUGGAGGUCCUGGGGAAUCACCCCUGGAGCUGCGAACGAGCAGAGAAGAUUGUAAGCCGAGACCUUUGGAUAAAAGACCUCAUAGCGCUCCCAUUCGGGUUCUUCAAGAGGAUCAUUGGGUCCUUGAGGAGGCAGGGCAUGAACGAGAAAUACGUGACCCCGAUCAUAGUCUUCUACGCGAACAAGUGGGUGAUCUCAGGAAAAACCCAACAAUCCCCAGAAAACUCAAGUGAGAAGGACUCAGCAGGAAUCUUCGAUGCUGUUCUCGAUUUACUUCCGAUGGGGGAGAAAGCUAGUAGACAGAUUCCUGUUGGAUUUUAUUUCGCUUUGCUCACAAAAUCUCUCGAGUUUGGUUUAAGAAUCGAUGCUAAGGCAAAGUUAUAUGAUCAGAUCGCUUCCGCCCUGCCUUAUGCCCGAUUGGACGAUUUCAUCCUCCCAAGAACUUGUGUGGAUCCUAUCUCUUUGAGCAGAGAGUUGGCUACAAUGGAGAAAAUAGUUUCGAGAUUUGUGGUAUUGUCUCAUGAGAUGGAUGCCAGUCGUACUCCUCUGAUGAGCAACUCGAUGGUUGCAGAACUGUGGGAUGCCUACCUCUCUCAUGUAGCCAUUGAUCGGGAACUGCGCCCAACGAGGUUCAUGAAGCUUAUCGAGACCGUCCCGAUAUCUUACCGGCAUAGCCACGACAAUCUCUAUCGAGCAAUAAAUACCUUUCUUCAGGUUCACCUGGAGAUAUCGCAAGAAGAGAAGGGGGCGGUCUGCAAAUAUCUCAGCUGCCAAAAGCUAUCACAGGAUGUCUGCAUUGAAGCGGUUCAGAACGAGCUAAUGCCUCUUCGUCUAAUCGUUCAGGCGCUCUUCGUUCAGCAACUGAAUACACAACAAGUCUUCAAGGAAUGCUCUGACUCGUUCCGUUACAACCACUUUGGUGAGUUUUCAGGGAGCUUAUCGAGCUCCAGGUGCCCUUUCUCCAAGAGCCAGAAUCUCGGUGAGAGCCCGUCUAUGGAAGAAAUAGACAGAAGGCCUCUCAGCUUUUUACUCCAAAAGGAUCAUAGUUCAAUUCCAAGGCCUGAUGAUCUUCCUGAUAGUAAAGAUUACGAAUCCACAAGCUUCAGGAUUCAGAGUCUCGAGCAGGAGUUGAUGUCCCUAAAGAGGAGCCUCCAGGGGAAGAAUGCCUUAAAGAAGACAGAGCUCGGAUCAGGCAAGCAGCAGAGCAAGAAAUCAAACGGAUUCGAUGAGCGUUCUCUCAGUAAGAGAAGGAACACAUUUGGGCAGAUGACAACGGGUUGUAUUGGCUCCAUGACCUUCACCUCACAGAGAAGAUAUGCCGGUAGGCUGAUGAUGAAGAUCUUUCGGCGACUAAGCCUGUUUGGCAGUAGGAAUUCAAAGAAAAAAACAGGCGCCCCAGGCUCAUGGCCAAGAUCAUUUUAGGUGGCUGAUACGCAUUAUAUAGAAAAUAUUA